CCUGCUGUCAAGGCUGCACAGUUCCAGAGGAGAAACCUGCAGGAGAUGAGCAAACACGGACCAAGUCAGGAACAACUGGGAAGGGGAGGACCCCCAAUGGAGAGGAGCUCAGAAUCCAAACUUGAAAAUGCAUCCAGUAAGCUCAGCAUCCUCAACCGCAACCAAACCAAAAACAGGAAAGGCCUGAGUGCAGUCACUAUGAAACACUCAGCAACCAGUGUUAUGGAUAGCCGCAAUGAUGUCUCCUUUACCAUCAACCCUCACGUGCAGCAGUUUAAGUCUACAUCACCAAAGUCAUAUCAAGAAGCCAAAGAUGAAUUGAAAGAAAUUCCCCCCAAAAAGCCCAUAAAACUUGCUCCAUUAGCACUCUCAGAGGAGGUCAAGAAAGCCCAACUUGAGAAGCUUAAAUACAUUCAAAUAGAGGGCAAGCAGGCAGCAGAGAAGCUGGUUUCCACUGGAAAAAUUAGCACUGAACAUCAUCCAAAGAAAGAGCAAAAUCAUGAACGUCUUGACAACUUGAAGACGAUAAAAUUGGCUGAAAAGGCAAAUCUAGAAAACCAAAAUAGUCCAAAGCAUCUACUGCUAGAAGUACCAUUUCUUCGUGCCAACAUCUCAAAUUCAAUUUCCCACCAGACAUUCAAGUCACCACUUCCAAGCAAACCCUUGUUUUACAAAACCACAAACAUCAAUGCUAAAUCUGUAGUUAGCCCUGAUGAACAGAAGUAUAUUCCUGAAGAAAAUCUUGUGCCCUCACUCCAUCCUGUACAAGAGAGAAUAAAGAUAAAACACAAGAAAGACUAUGAUAAUGGAACACAUGAUAAGCCUUAAGCCAUUACAAUUAAUCUUUAGGAAUGGCAACAAAGAAGAACUUAAUAUUGUAAACCAGACAACUGAGGAACACAGCAAAGCAAAUAAGCUAUUUAGCAAAUCAGCCAGGAGAAAAUGGACAAGGAAAGCAAGUGAAUAACAGACCUAAUUUCAUCAAAUUGAAAGAAAACAAGCAAACGGUGGUCAGUUACCUGCUUUGAGGCAUUGUCAGUUGUUUUGAGAAAGUGCUUUGUGCUGGAGCAUUAGUUAAAGAAAUAAAUAACAGAAAAAAGUUGCAUUGAGUAUGGAAUUCAACUUGAGGCAUUAAGGAAAGGUUUGUCUGCUGUAUCAAGCUUAAUAUUCUAUGUGCAUUUUCCAUAGAUUGCAAUUGAUUUUAAUCAUGAAAGUAGGAUUGUUUUUGAGGUUGAAUGACUAAACAAGAAAAACACUAAAUGACAAAUCUGAAUAACAAAGAAAAGGAAUUUUGAAUAAAGUGAAAAGAACAACAUUGGGACUGAACUAUUCCCAUUGGAAAGCUGAUCAUCCAAAUCAGAAGUCAUAUGUGACUAUACCAGAUAAUGACACCACAUUUAAAAUUUCAGCAAGUCUAUUUGUUCCAUAUGCUAUGGAUAAGCAAGUGAAUUUUGAAUUCUCUACUAUAAUUAGAGAAUUCCAUUAUUUAUGUGCACCCAAAUUGACAUAUGCCAAGUUGAAAGUGGAACUUCAAACAUUGGUAUACAUACAGUGGCUUGCACAGAAGCAAGAAAGCAUAGUGCCAAGUGGACAGAUGGUACAAAAGGUGAAUAACAACACAGAGUCAUUCAAGGAUAUCAACAGGCAUAAAUCAACUAGAUUAAUCACAAAUGACAUUUAACCCUUACAGUACUACAUUCCAUUCUGUCUUGACCUUGCUUUCUUGUUGCAAAGCAAAUACUUCCUUAUAAUUUUAUAGACCAAACUAGCUAGCCUCCAAAAAGGGCACAUGGAUUAUGAUAAAAUAACAACCAUUGAUUACAAUACCUGCAGAAAAUAAACUCUGCCUGUGAAUUAACCCCACAGAAGCCAGAGUUACCCUUUAUUUACAUGUGCACAAUAUCAGACUCUGACCAGCCAACUCAUAGCCAGUCCCUAAACUGAGGUGAAUCCUUGAAAUUCUUGUUUAUAUCUGUCAGCCAAGACUCCCUGAUUGGCCCAGGUUAACAGUCCCAAUCUGGGAACUCAUGCUCAAUGGAUCCACCUGGCCACCUCAUUCCAAUCUCUACACACUGCCUGUUAAGUUGUACAGUUGCUGGGUUUGGUUUUUCAGUUGGUGGGAUGUUGUGAGGCUGAGUGAUGGCAAUGGCUUAGGUUCAAAUCGUACACCAGCUCAGGUUGCCAGAAAGGACAUUCCUUCUCAACCUUUCCCUUUGCCUGAGGUGUUGUGACCCUUAGAAUAAAUCACAAAUGAGAGAGCAGGCCUAUGAUGAUUUUACCCACAAUAUGGUUGUUGCUUGUGGCCAGUGUUAUUUGCAAUGCUGAAUGGUUGCACGCUUAAGCCAGAACAGCAAAAUCUUAUGUCCUAAGAGGCUAAAGCCAUGUGAAUGUCACAUGCUCUGCUUGUGGGUAGUCUUUAUCUCUGAAUGUGUCUUUUUGUUAUUCUUUUGCAGUA